UUGCAGUACUUCAAUCAGUACUUGAUUUGUGAAGUUUGUAAGUCUGUCAGAAGUGAACCGGUUGCGCUGGUUGGCAAGUUAAAGGUUUUGGUUCAUGUUUGACGAAGAUGCUUGGAUUAGCAGUAUGUAACAUUCAGCGACUUACAGUACCGGAUAUUUGUUUACAUAUCUCGAAAGCAUUGGCAUCCGGACGAUGGUGGCCCCAACCAAUGCACGAAUUGAGUCGACAUCGAACUCGACCACCCAGUACAGGUAUCGCGCGACGCACACGGUUGCUGGUCGUCGACAAUUCGGCACUAGGUAAAGAAGCCAAUACAUCUGGUAAAUUAGCCUACUGCAUUGAUGUUUACAAACCGGGUGGCCGAAAGAAACAUAUGCCACACGCGACACUUGGCGAUAAGAUUUUGGUUGCAAUACGAGGAGAGAUGAAGCAGGCGUUUGUGGUGGGAGCUAAAAUUGAUGUAGACUAUCGAAAGCAUGGAAUACCCUCAACGGAUACCAAUAACAUCGUACUUCUUGAUGACGAAGGAAAUCCUCUUGGAACUCGAGUACUGAUGCCGAUUCCAGCAGUUCUUCAGCGGAAACGAGCAAAUUUACAAUUUUCAAAAAUAUUAUCAAUUGCCACCAAAUAUUUCUAAGUCAUUUAGUUAUCGUUUGCCAUUUUGCUUUGUUUUCUUAUUUCAAUGCUUACAGUAAUAUUUUCUUGAUACCCUGACUUUUUGUAUUAAAAA